AUGAGCGAUCCGCCUAAACGUUUUGAGAUCCCAAGGCAUACUGAGCACUCGGAGGUAGAGUACCCUGUAGGAGACGGGGAGGCUUAUGUUAAGCAUACCACAGUGGUGUGGGUAGAUGUGGGUAGACCGGAGUUACAGCCUAAUACGUACCGGGCGUACUAUUAUCAGGAUUUACACGGUAUCUACAGACCGCUUCGGUUUUGUGAUGUUUCAUUUAACGGGGUGGGUGAGUGGGACCCCUCAGCUGCUCUCGCUCCCGAUGGUGAGGUCACGAACCCGGAUGUUGAAGUUCCCAACCCUAGUCCCGAGCCCGUACCAGAACCUAUAGUACCUGGGGAUCCUGAUCUCGAAGAAGAAUUUAAGGAGUCCGAACCUGAAGAAGAACCCAAGCCCGUGAAAACUACCGAGAUCACCGAUUUUAUCCAAGAGAAUAAUCUAUUGGAUGAAGCUAUGGUCAGGGGAAUCAGUGAAAUUGUGAAGCUAUGUAUUCAGUUUUUCCCGGAGCUUAUUUGGAUUAAGCCUUAUGGUGUGAGGUUGACGGCACGUGCUGUGAAGUGUCGCCAAGAAAGGACUCUCAGGCUCUUUUUGAAGGCUGUGGAAAGAUGGAUUGUCCCUAAUGUGAGAACUCGCUACUACGAGCAUAAGACAUAUUGGAAUAGAUUCGUGGAGAAUCACACAGAGUUGCUUAAGAAUGGAGAGAAAUGGGCGAAGGUCAUAGCAAAUUCAUGUAUGCUCGUCUCAACUCUAAUUGCCACAGUAUUGUUCGCUGCUACUUUCACUAUGCCUGGAGGCAAUGACGACAAAAUUGGAGUCCCAUUGUUGUUAGGAAAGGACUCUCUCCUAAUUUUCACAAUUUCGGAUGCGUUAGGUUUGUUCUCCUCUGUGACGGCCAUCUUGCUAUUCCUAGCCAUCUUAACUUCGCGGUACGAGGCGCAAGAUUUUCUUGAGGCGUUGCCUAAGAAGAUCAUAAUGGGCCUUUGUUUUCUCUUCCUCUCCUUGGCUUUCAUGCUGGUGGCCUUCUCUGCAACUCUCACAAUUGUGCUGGAUAAGAGACUGGACUGGGUUCUUAUCCCCAUUACUUUGCUGGCCUCUCUUCCGGUCGCUUUAUUCGUAGUACUACAGAUUCCCCUGCUAUACCAAAUGGUUAAAUCCACUUAUGGACCCAGCAUCUUUCGUGCCGAGAGCAAUUGGUGAAAUCCACUUAUAGUUGGCUGUUUGUAGCAGGGCCGAUGCAAUACUGAAUGUAUUUCCUCAAAGAAUUUGAAUAAUUACUUUGCAUUAUAUUGCCCUACCUUGUUACCAAAGAUCUAUUUAUAGAAUGA